AUGGCUGACAACGUUUAUCCAAGCGCUCGCAGACGGCUAGAAUUCAACAUGGCAUUGAUGCAGGCUGCCUCAUUCGACGCCUAUCCUGUGACACCUUCCCGAAGCGUUGCCUUCGCUUAGUUGAAAUUAAUGCGCGUAGAAUGUUACAACAAAAAUACACACAGAACCUUGAUGAGUGGAAGACAGCGUAAAAGUAGGCUUGGGGCGCUUAAACAACAACUAAAGGCUGCCCCUGGCCGUCCGUCAGGUUCAACAAAUGACGCUGUCAGCAAUAGCAUUAGAACAAUUGAUGAUGGGCGCAUCGUUUCGCUGGCGACAGUGCGGACAGGAGCGCCACCGUUGUCUGCGGUCACACUAGCUCAGCCUCUGUCCGUUGAGCUAUCUGGCGACAAGUACGAUGUCAACUAUGGCGGGGACGCGGCAUCAGGACGCGAUGUCUGCUUCGACGCUGGCGACGAGCCGGAAACCUUACAUGAAAGCUUGCAGGCGCCAGUCACAGGCACAGUCUCAGCUACGAUCUCGGUUAUGGACGACCAGGAUCCUUUUGCGGUAUUCGGUUGCUGCGACAUCUCCGGAUGUCCCCACCCUCCCCAGUCUGGUGGCGUCGCAAGCCUGACGACUUUCCUGGCGCAGAUUUUCCCUGACAGCGCGCUGAAACCUGUGGCAACUACACGCCAGAAAUCCGUCUACUGCCUCCCAGCCGACCACAAAAUGAAGCAAUUCGUCCUCACUACCUUCCAAACUAUUACCUUUGCCGACGGCGUGCAUGUCAUCUCGUAUUGCACGUGCAAUCCAACUUGGCGCGACAAGGCGUCUGUGUUCGAGUGCGACACGAGUCCGUGCACCCGCGCAGCCAGCCUCGCCGCGCUGGGCCACGCGUGCCCGCACGCCCGGGCUCUGCAGCUCCUGUGGACGUGGCAACCGACCCUGCGUUCGAUGCCGCUGCACCCUCUGACGCGGCUGUCUGACCCUGACCCACCACCCAAGAUCCAGCAAACACAGUUCCCUGGCGCCCCGCACCCGCAUCUGUGCUCGGUUUGGCUAGUUGGUUCACCGCUGUCGGGUGAUGCUGCUGUCGUGUACUGCCAGGGGGGCGUGCACAGGUGCACAGCAUGCUCAGCCAGCAAACGCUGCUUGCACGUCAAGCAGCUCACUGGUGCUGACCAGGGUGCAGCGGCAGAGCGUGAUGACACUGAAGACGCCAUCGACGAGCUGGCAUCUAUCAUCGCCAGCUACGUUGAUGCCACGACCGGCAAGCUGCAAGUCAGAUCAGUGUCACAAGAGCGAAUCGCGGAUGGCAUCACAGCGAAGCUGAACGUCUUCCCGGAGUACGGCACGCUGCCGAGCGUGUUCGUGCCUUACCUGCAGCCAGGUGCUGCCUGCGGCUGUGGUCGCCUUUGGAAUGAGGCGCCACUCAUCCACGCAAGCCCGCAGCGCAAGUCCAUCGUGUACAGCCUGACGUGGUUCCGCGAGGUCGACGUGUUCCAACGUAUGUGCACUUGUGGGCAGAAGCUCAACUGCAACUUUCGGGACUACGGUAUCCUCAACCUCAACAACCUUGAUCUGUUCAGCCACGAGCUGCUGCAAUGGUAUUCGGUGCAACUGGCCACAUCCGCUGUGCCUUUUUUUGCCCUGUGGCGCACGGUCGUCGAGUGCUAUGCCGAUCGUGGGCUGCUGCCUGAGCACGCCCGCGCAAGCACCGCCACGGGGCAUGACCACGCCAGCAUGGCUGCUGCUGCCGGCGGCGGCGGAGGAGGAGGCGGAGGCAGCGUGCGCAGUGAGCGCGGCGGCGCUGCGCAGCCGGGCCUUGGCCGCCUAGGCCCAGGUGGCGGUGGCGGAGGCGCCAAUGCCAGCGGCAGCAGCCCACCUGGCGACGGCGGGGCCGGGGCUGGCGGCUUUUGGCCGCAGCAGGUGAGCUCGACUACGACCAGCGGGCGGGAUGAUGACCACGCCAGAAUGGCUGCUGCUGCCGGCGGCGGCGGAGGAGGAGGCGGAGGCAACGUGCGCAGUGAGCGCGGCGGCGCUACGCAGCCGGGCCUUAGCCGCCUAGGCCCAGGUGGCGGUGGCGGAGGCGCUGAUGCCAGCGGCAGCAGCCCACCUGGCGACGGAGGGCCCGGGGCUGGCGGCUCUUGGCCGCAGCAGCACGCCCGCGCAAGCACCGCCACGGGGCAUGACCACGCCAGCAUGGCUGCUGCUGCCGGCGGCGGCGGAGGAGGAGGCGGAGGCAACGUGCGCAGUGAGCGCGGCGGCGCUGCGCAGCCGGGCCUUGGCCGCCUAGGCCCAGGUGGCGGUGGCGGAGGCGCCAAUGCCAGCGGCAGCAGCCCACCUGGCGACGGAGGGGCCGGGGCUGGCGGCUCUUGGCCGCAGCAGCACGCCCGCGCAAGCACCGCCACGGGGCAUGACCACGCCAGCAUGGCUGCUGCUGCCGGCGGCGGCGGAGGAGGAGGCGGAGGCAGCGUGCGCAGUGAGCGCGGCGGCGCUGCGCAGCCGGGCCUUGGCCGCCUAGGCCCAGGUGGCAGUGGCGGAGGCGCCAAUGCCAGCGGCAGCAGCCCACCUGGCGGUGGAGGGGCCGGGGCUGGCGGCUCUUGGCCGCAGCAGGCUACCGUCAUUGUCGUCAUUGGCCUGCUGUCAAUGAUGAUCACGGUGUUUUGCAAAGUAAUGCGCCGUCUCAUGGGCGCGUCGCAGGACAAGUUGCCGGCGCGUGGUGCAGUGAAAGCGUCCGCUGCGGCAAGAGGGUACGGCUUCUUUAUCAACAAGCGCGCAGUGUUUCAGGAAGCAUGGCUAAAUUUUGUGGCGCUACAAGAACCCAACUAUGACGCAGCUUUUAGGUGUCGGUGUCCAAGUGACCAGUGCAUGUUCGUGAUUGCUGAUGGAAUCCUACUGGGCGUGCGCAAGGAGAAGAGCCAUCUUCGCAAGCCGUGGGGGCCACCGGUGAGCGAACCGUGGCGGCCUGGAUCACUACAUCGGCAGCGAUCUCUGUUGCCGCGACAUGCCGCAAAGAUCCUGCAGCGCAUGUGUACUGGAGAUCAGCCUACAGUGACGUCAGCUGAAUACAAGUCCCUGCUGACGGAGGUAGACAAGAAGUGCAUGGAUUUGAAGCCAUACAUAGCAUGCUAUGCUCCGGCAGGGGAUGCCGGAGGCACAGACGUGUCGGAGGCUUCACCGCAACUGCAGUCACUUCUACUGGCAGCUGCGUCAGAGAGCCCUGUGUGUGCCUACGUGCCUGGUAUUGUCCAUUCCCUGAUUGAUGCCAUCCUGGAGGUUUCCGUCCCAACGCCCCAGUCAUUAAUACAGCUGACUGCUUCAGCUCCCCUGCUGGGGCCAUUUGUUUCACGAGAAUGCAACAGGAAUGGGGGGGCGCUGCCGUUGCGUGCACAAAAGCUUUUGCGCCUCCUCUUAUCUGUUGCCCGGAAAGCUUAUCAGCGAUCAGAUGAUCAGGUGUAUGUGGCAGGCACGACUCCCAGAUCCCCCAAAGAUGUGUUCUCAAAUGUGGAUUCGGCUCUUGAAGGCCCAGCAGGGGCACCACCACAAGGGCCCGGGGCGGCUGGCUUGGCGGGGACAGCGGCACCGGCAGGCGCAGCAGGGGCGCCACCACGAGCGCCUGGGGCGGCAGGCACAAAACGCAAGGCAGCCCCUGCAGGCGCAGCAGGGGCGCCACCACAAGGGCCUGGAGCGGCUGGCUUGGCGGGGACAGCGGCGCCGGCAGGCGCAGCAGGCGCGCCACCACAAGGGCCUGGAGCGGCUGGCUUGGCGGGGACAGCGGCGCCGGCAGGCGCAGCAGGGGCGCCACCACAAGGGCCUGGAGCGGCUGGCUUGGCGGGGACAGCGGCGCCGGCAGGCGCAGCAGGGGCGCCACCACGAGCGCCUGGAGCGGCUGGCUUGGCGGGGACAGCGGCGCCGGCAGGCGCAGCAGGGGCGCCACCACGAGGGCCUGGAGCGGCUGGCUUGGCGGGGACAGAGGCGCCGGCAGGCGCAGCAGGGGCGCCACCACGAGCGCCUGGAGCGGCUGGCUUGGCGGGGACAGCGGCGCCGGCAGGCGCAGCAGGGGCGCCACCACGAGCGCCUGGAGCGGCUGGCUUGGCGGGGACAGAGGCGCCGGCAGGCGCAGCAGGCGCGCCACCACAAGGGCCUGGAGCGGCUGGCUUGGCGGGGACAGCGGCGCCGGCAGGCGCAGCAGGGGCGCCACCACGAGCGCCUGGAGCGGCUGGCUUGGCGGGGACAGCGGCGCCGGCAGGCGCAGCAGGGGCGCCAACACAAGGGCCUGGAGCGGCUGGCUUGGCGGGGACAGCGGCGCCGGCAGGCGCAGCAGGGGCGCCACCACAAGGGCCUGGAGCGGCUGGCUUGGCGGGGACAGCGGCGCCGGCAGGCGCAGCAGGGGCGCCACCACGAGGGCCUGGGGCGGCUGGCGGAAGCAAUACAGGCUCUCCCGAACAGGAAUUCAUGACUUCUGGGUUUUACUACCCUAGCAGGCCUUGGUUGAAGCACCUGGGGCACUACUUCUCGGAUCGCCGCACGCAGAUAACUGGCAAGCAGCGUUGCACCAAGUACAAGUACGACUCAAAGAACCUGUCGCCUGGGCUCUUUGUGAUGCACUGCCUCAACUGCGGUGUGUGCCUGGGCUUUCACAUGUUGGAGAAUGCGGAGUCCCCCCAGGCCCUGUUUGAGGUCCUGUACACCCGGUGGCCACAGCCACCCAAGGUGGUGGUGUACGACAACAACUGCCACGCGCAUGCGUACUUCCUGAACCGGGAGCCGGAGUGGGUCACAAACACAUUGUUUGUGAUCGACAAAACACAUUUCCGGGGUCAUACGGGAUGCUGCAAAGCAUAUGACAUCGCGCGCUACAGCUCGCUGGUGAGCCUCAACUCCCAGUUAGCUGAGCAGCGCAACGCCAAGCUGGCAAUGCUCAAGUCUCACUGCGCCUACAUGUCGCAGCCGCUAUUCCUCGUGUAUGUGCGGCACUUUCUGUACAUGACCGACAAGCUGAGCAAGCGCGCUGAGAAUGCACGCUAGUUUUGAGGCCGGUAUGCACAAUGGGUGCGGUUGUGCGUAUUUGACCUGUGUGGAAGGGUUGCCGAUAGCAGUCACGCCGUAGCUGGCAGGCCGUAGCUGUGUGGCCCGGUGUAUUGUGGGCCGUGGUGUUGUGAGGCCGCUUUGGACAACGAGAGCGCAGCUGUCAUCACGCUAAGAGGUUGGAGAGUGUGGGAAGGAGGCGCGGUAUAUAUAUAAUACCCCCUUCAACGGACAAAAUAAUUCCAGUGAAGGUGUAUACGGUAUAGCUGACGGGCUGCAAAUUACAUGCUCAGUCGCGACAUGGAAUUGGUAGUAUGCCCGGUAACUACCGUACAGUACAUGGCAGUACCGGCUGCGCGCUCAUGCAUUCCUGGGGCUGCAACUUGAUUGUUGAAUGCCGAGGUCUGGGAGUACGCUGCACGCUACGGAGGUAUGCCAACCUGCCCCUUGCGGCCUUGCCAUGCCGCCCUCCACAAGGGGAGACCUAAGGGUGUCAUAGCGAGCUCGGCGCCAGUGGGGCAUGGACUGCCGAUGAAUUGGACUGCCAGCCCCGGAGUACCGGUAAUCCAGCCCCUGCACAUGGGAAAGCGGGCUGGGAAAGCGGGCUGGGGGGGCACAACGAGCUGGGAGGCAUCACGAGUCGGCCUGACCCUACCAGCUCCAUCCCGCAUUCCUGUGUAACGGAUGGGGCGCCCGGCGCCAAGAAAUUGUGCUUGCAGGUUUUGCGGCAAACCGUGCAUAGCACUGAUCUACCCUCACCUCCUGCAUUCUCUGGGCACAUGUCUUGACUUUGCGUUUUUGGUGUGUCCGUGUGUGUAUGUGUGUGUGGCCUUGACGCCAGCAGCUAAGGCUGCACGUAUUGCUGAGUAGGAGUAGUACACAUCCUUGCGGUAUCUGCCUUUUGCCAGUCGUGUUAAGCGGCAGGCAAGGCUAGCGUUGGCCAGCUAGGAAUACGGCGGGCGCGCUUGGUAGGCUUAGUAGUUCAGUUGCGACAGCAGCCAUGUAGUCCCCUUGAGGCCCGAGCUCUGUGCUAGGAUAGCGGGUAAGCCUCGUCCUGUCUUCUUAGU